AUGGCUGAGGCCACAGAUGACCCAGGCAAAAAAGGUGAGCUGGAGCAGCAAAUCCUGAGGGUACUUCAGCAGGCUGGCUGCUCCCUGAAGACUGCCCAGCUGGUGAAGACAUGCCAAGUGCCCAAGAAGGAGAUCAACCGGGUCCUCUACCAAUUGAAGGAGAAGUCGGUAGUCACCCUGGAAAAACCUGCCACCUGGUGCCUAGGAGGGGCUGGAAAUGGAGGUGUGGUUCCCACGGUGCCAGCUAAUCUGGAGCUCAGUCACUGCACAUCAGAGGAGGCAGGGAAAGCAAUUUACAAGCUGCUGGAAACCAAGGGGCCCCAGAGCGCCCUGGGCAUUGCCCACGCUCUAGGAAGGAAGACAGCGAAAGACGUCAACCCAGACCUGUACGCAAUGAGGAACAAUCACCUCCUGAGCCUUGAUAAGAAUACAAAGUUGUGGGCGAUUUAUGGGCCAGAUUCCAGGAGAAAAAGUCAGUCCACUGAAAAUACGUACCAGCAAAGUAUAGUCAACAUGACCAUCCAGAACGGACCCAAUGGCUACAUUUCCAUUUCAAACUCUGAAGGCAUCCAGAUUGGAGACAAUAACACCAUACAGAAACACUCAAAUAAGGAGAGGGGCUACAAGGCUCCCUCCUGCCCCUCUCCAAUGGCACCAGAUGAUCUCUUCAAGCAGGAGGCUCCAACCAGUGCCGGCAGCUCCCAGAACAUUCGUGUGGUGCUGUGCAGACAGGUACAACAAGGAGACUACAACGAGAUGUGCUUUCAGAACACCCUGGACGAGGGGCCUAACUGCAGCCUACCAGUCUCUGCCACUGCUGUUGAGAAGUCUCAUGUGCAGAGCAUAUACCCAAACCAGGACCUCACCAAGAGGGCCCAGAAAGUAAACGUCCAAGUGUAUCCUGAGGGUACAACCAAUAUCAACAAAAUGACUGUCCCCUCAGUUGGUCCAGAGGGGGACCGUAGGAAGGACCCCGGAGAGUCUGAGCAGGAUGAAGCUGGGCACAAAAAGGACCCCAAUGGGCCCAUAGUAAUGACUCCAACACUUGACUCCUGUGUCGGGGAUCUGGAACCCGCACCCUUCAGCAUCCACGCUCUUGCUGGUCUCCUGGCCUUAACAGGCUUUAGUGCUGCGGAGUCGCAGCUCCGGAACAUUCACAGCUUUGGGCCGAGCGCCCUCUGCCGGCCAUAA